AUGGUUGCAAGGGAGAAAUUCCUGGGCCGACCACCUGAUACAAAUCCAGCUAGAUUAAUAGCUACGAGGAGUGCCUCGAGCCUGGAGACCAUUGCGGAGAUUAGAAGAAUUGCCCAAGCCGGAUCAUCUGUUGCCAGCAGUGUGCAAAAAUGCUCUGGAAAAUGUGAAGUGGCGGAGUCUCCGCGGCAGCAUCAGUCUCAGGCUAAUGGCCUCCGCAAAUACCUCACGAACAAGCAUAGGAUAGACGACAGCCCGAUCAAGCGGCGGAUCGCCGAGGUGAGGAGCUUCCACCGAAGGCUUGAGAAGCGGCUGGCCCGGAUCCCUCAAGCAGACUUUGACAAACCGCUGACCAGGCCGUUGUGCAAGGUCGGCUACUCUAACAACGCCGAAACUCGGCUCAAAAUGUACCGCAAACACACCGAAUCCAACUAA